AAAGUACCAAGCAGGAAAAAAGACGUGGUCUUAGCUAGGUGUCGGCCUUAACUAAGCCGACCAAAAUAUGAGAUAUUCCUUUAAGAAGUUCAUUUAUUUAUUUACGACAUAGGCAUAGGGCCUACAAUCCUACAUAUUCAUAACUUUAAUUAUGAAGUAAGUUUAAUGGCAUAUAAUUAGUCAUAGAAUUAGAUAAGAACUUUAACUAAAAAAAUAAUAAAUAUGCCCUAGUUAAUUUAAGCUUAGUUAGCUUAGUAUUAGUAAUAGUUAAGAAGAAUUAAGAUAGCCAUGCCGUGGCCAGUGGCCAUCCCCAUGGCUGGCAUAUCAUAGAUGAUUGAUAGAUGAUAGUGAGGUUCAGUUUGUGUCAGUUGGGCCUACUUACUAGUUACUACCUACUUAAAAUCCUCUGUAGGCACCAAUUAAGUGUUUAUUAUUAUCAUAAAAAUCUUAUGCUUCAUAUAUAGUAGUAUAAUUAAUAGUAUUCAUAAUCAUAGUGGGACUAGUAUGAGACAAUGAGAGUAUCAUUAUAAUAAUAUUGGGUACUUCAACAAUUUUAAUUCACUGCAAAAAUUAUUAUUAUUCACACUUCCAAUAAAACAAAUGUUCUUUUGAAUAAAGACGUUGAAGUCAACGCAAAAUUUAGUGUAGAUUAUACAUUAUUUCACAUUCCCAUAAAACACUUCACACUUCCAAUAAAACAAAUGUUCCUUUUGCAUUAAAACAUAUUUACUUCUUUUUAAAGUCCUCCCCUAAUGUGGUGGCCAAAUUUGAAAAAUAUCGUCUAGAAUGGCGUUGAAUAUAUUCAAACCAUUUGCUUUAACACGUCGACACAAAAUGAACCCACAGAUUUAAGAAUGGAGCAUAUGUCUGUGUGUACCAUUGUUUCUCUCUUUAGCAUAUCUCCAUGUAAGUUCGAUGCAUUGAGUAUUGGCAUUCCGGUAACUUAAUGAUUGUUAGCACAUUGUCAGACAGCAUGUAUAAUACUGUGUUAAUGUAGAAACAAGAUAAAACUGACUUAAUUUUGAACUAAUGCAGAAAUUGUCAAAGAAUUCAUGGUGUCUACAGAAGCAGUUGUAUUUAUUAAACAGGAUAUAACUGCAUAAGUACCUUAUAUUGUAAUAGUCUAAUAGUAUACUGAGACAUACUGUUCUAUAGUUAUAGUAUAGACGAGGGGUCACCAAACUGCGGGCCGGAUCAUCAGGCCUACCGACAAUACUUGAAUUUGCUUGAUAAAAUGUAUGGAACACGAGAUGCUGAGAAACAAUUUAAAUAUUAUGUCUAGAAUACAAGGAGAUCUUCACUUAUGACCUUCUGGCUGAUAUGCACCUUAAAUUUACCAUUUUUCAUUUAAAAUUAUUAUUAUAUCUAGAUUUUCUUGUUUAUUGCAGACCUGUUUACCCUCGAACUCGUAAAAUCACACAAUAUCAUCUCAAAAUUGUACAAUAUGGUAUCUUAAUAGUAAUUAAAUACAUAUACAGUAUAUGUGAUGAAUACUAUAACUACUCACAUCGCAGUGCCUAGUAGGAUGAAGUUAAGCAUGUGUAAAAACAAAAGUUAACUUCUAAAAGUAGAUGACUGACGUUUAUAUUGCAAUCUGCGGUCACUUUGUUUUGCAGACAUGUAUUUGCUAUAGAUAUUAAUUCAUAUUGAGUGGACGUACAAAUCACAAUAUCACAGUCUAUCUCUGAUAAAAAUAAGGUUACAGGUGAAAUUUAACAUGGUUCAAACUCGAAAUCAGAUCAGCAUAAAACUAGAUGUAUUUAAAUAAGAAUUAAUUAACAAAUGAUGACAUCAUUUAAAAAACCAACCAAGUAACUUGAGGUUGUUUUUUUAUAUAGGAAAAUCUUUUUUUUAAAAAAUAAAAUAAGAAUCAAUAUCCGUUAAGCCUAUUCCCCCUAUUAUAGUCUGAUACCACAAACUGUAAAUGAGUAAAGGAAGAGGAGUGUUGGAAACAUAUGGCGACAUUAAAAAUCUUACUCGCCGCGGUUGGAACUCUCAGCCUUUCACGUAGUUCAGUUGUGCGGAGAACAGAAGAACUUGGAGAUAAAAUAAUACUACAGAUACGUGAGAAACCUAGGAACUUGUUGUAUCUGUCUCUGGAUGAGUUUACUGAUCUCUCAAUUAUGUCACAACUUCUUGUGUUUAUUUGUGGUGUCAGUUUGGAUUUUCAGAUAAUGAAAGAGUUGUCAUCCACUUGCAGCAUGCAUGGAACAUCAACUGGAAAAGAUAUUUUCAUGGAAGUGCAAACAAUUUUGUACGACUAUAACCUUCAGUGGAAUAAGUUUCGAGGUGUUACAGUUGAUGGAGGAAAAACAUGGCGGGAGUGCGGAAGGGUUGGUGGGUCAGAUCAGGACUCAUUUGGAAGAUUUGCAAAUUCUGUAUGCUCUGUUUCUACACUACAUCAGGCCUGCACAACUCAAAAAUGUACGGCGGGCCGUAAUACUUUAUGAAAAACUUGUGCUGGUGGACCGCGGGCCAUACGUUGUGCAGGCCUGCACUACAUCAUACAUCAGCAAGCACUCUGUGGGAAAGACUUAGAUGUUUCUUGUGUACUGAAACCAGUUGUUUCUGAUGUGAACUUCAUUAGGGACAUGCCGUAAGUUCCAGGCUUUUCUUAAAGAAACUGAUUCUGAAUUCUGCGACUUGCCUUAUCACACAGCAAUGAGUUGGUCCAGCUGCGGUAGAGUCCUGUUUCCAAGCUCUGAAACGAAAUAGAUGUUUUUCUCACUCAAAAAGAUAGAGCUGGUCCACAGCUUUCAUAUCCUACCUGGCUGUCAGAUCCUACCUGGCUGUCAUUUAUGGUUGACAUCAUAUCCCACAUGAAUGAACUGAACUUUAAACUUCAGGGAAAGGAUAGCCCCAUCUGUGAUCUCUACAGAAUGAUCAAAGGAUUUCAGAAAAAAGCUGUCAUUGAUCAAAUCACAACUGGAAGGAAAAAACUUUUCUCAUUUUCACUGUUUCAAAGAGUUUUGCACUACAAUUGCCGAGGAUGUAAAUCUCAAUUUUCCUAAAAAAAUUAUUGGUGACUCGAAGAAGCAUUUUUGGAGAGAUUUUCAGGUCUUGAGAGUGACAUUCUUCUGUUCCAUAAUCCGUUUGGUUGUAAACUUGAUGAUGUGCCUUUUGAACUACGGUUGGAGCUCAUUGAUUUGCUAGCAAAUGAAUUUUUGAAAGAGAAUCACAAAGAGGGAAAACUUUUUGAAUUUUACAGCUGCUUACCUGAUGUUGAGUUUCCAAACUGAAGAAAUUUGCCGCUGGUAUGGCGGCAUCAUAAACAAAAAUAGUUAUCUGCUGAAAUAAAACAUGUGGAACAACUUAUGUCUAUGAGCAAACAUUUAAAAAAAUGAAGUAUGUGAAGUCAACACAUCAAACGAGAUUGACUGAUGAACGUUUGAAAGCAAUUCUCUUGAUUGGAUGCAGGAAUUUGAAACCAAACAUUGAUUGAUAUCUUGAAAGCCAAACGUCAGUUUCACAAAUAUCACUAACAUUUUUUUUGCUGCUUGGUUUGUGAGAUUGGAAUAUGUGCGCACUAUGUGUGAUGUAACUAUCUUUUUGCUAAUGACGCUGUCUUUGAUAACUUUUUUUUAGUAAACAAAUAUGUUGAGCUGCACUCACCCAUGAUUAACAUGGAAUGCUAAACUUAGUUUUUCAACUUUUUUCCCAGAGCUUUAGUUCUGGCUUGCAAGUAUUGUACUGAAUGUUGAUACGGCCCCGCUUGUCAUUUUUGUCCGUUAUCCGGCCCGCUGUGAAAAAGUUUGGUGAUAGACUAUACCAUAUUAAAUCAAACUUAUUUUCUCAGUUGAAUCCAAAUAGCGGAAGCAAAUGUGUUUGAAUCCUCUUUGCCUAAUUUAGGCUUAAUGCCUACUAAUGGAAAUACUAUAGACUAGAGUGCUUAAGGAUGCUAUAAAAGGAUGCUAUAAAACUCUGAUGUUGGCUGUAUUUAUCUCUCACUCUGACUCAUCAUUCCAUACAAAACAGGAUCAACGUUGAUGGUUUGUUGGUUUACUUUCCCUAUGACUACAUCUACCCUGAGCAGUUUCUGUAUAUGCAAGAGCUCAAAAGAACCCUCGAUGCCAAAGUUUGUAUUUCAGCAGUGCAAUGUUAUUUAUUUGUAAACCUAGUGGAAUAUUGCUAACAAAGUACCUUUAAUAAUUCCAUUCGCUCUAUUUAUGAUAGUGACAAAUGCAUUUUCUUUAGCAUUAUCUUUUGACUUUGAAAAGCUGAUUUUGAAUUAAAAUUUUUGUUACUGAUUAUAAUGAGCAAAAAUUUCACAAUUAAAAUCAAUACUUUUCAUGUUCUAUUUUUGAAACUUUCCAUUUAUUUAUGUGAUUCACAGAAUACUUUAAGCUUCUUUGCCAUGUUUUGCUAAAAUAACCGCUUCUAUAACAAGAUUUAUUGUUAAAGUGCUUAAAAACCUUUAGUCUUUCAAAUUAAUGUGACUCAUCAUUAUUCUGUAGGGCCAUUGUGUACUGGAGAUGCCCUCAGGAACUGGGAAAACUGUUUCUCUUCUCUCUCUCAUUAUUGCAUACAUGAGGGUAAGUGAAAUUCAUAAAAAAUAUCAUUCAGAAGGUCUGACAUUGCUAAGCAAAUACUAUAAAACCAUUGUGUCUUAAAAAAAACCAUUGUGUCUAAAGUGCAUCAUAGAUAAUUUUAUUGUAUUAUAUAUCAUUUUUAGGCCAACCCCCUAGAUGUCACAAAAAUGAUCUAUUGUUCACGUACAGUUCCAGAAUUGGAGAAAGUAGGUAUAAAAUUGUUGCAGAAUUUUCUUGAUGUGCGGCUGUUAAACAUUUCCAUGACAUGACUUGUGAAUUUAAGACCUGGUAAAGAAUAGGUCAAGAACUGGUAAAGAAUAGGUCAAGACCUGGUAAAGAAUAGGUCAAACCUGGUAAUUCCAAGACCUGGUAAAGGAAAGGUCAAGACUGGUAAAGAAUAGGUCAAGACCUGGUAAAGAAUAGGCCAAGACCACAAAUCUAUUUAAUUACUUAAUUGGUAAAAGAAGUAAAAAAAGUUAUGAAACACAGUAACAAUUGGUCGGAGAGCAUAUUUUCAAAAAUUAUUGUUACCCAGACGCCUGUGUCUUUUCCAUAACUUUCAUUAAAAACUUUGUAAAACUAAGUGUAUGCCUAUCUACAGCUACACACUUGCUGAAUAUUCUUCUUGCUCAGGCUAUUUUCAUUUGGUUUGUACCCAGGUGGUUGAAGAGAUGCGAGGGUUGCUGGACUAUUAUAUUCAAGAAACUGGAGAGGUUCCAAACUUUUUGGGUCUGGCUCUCAGUUCUCGUAAAAACAUGUGUGUCCACCCAGAGGUGGGUCUAAAUUGUUCUUGUAAAAACAUGUGUGUCCACCCAGAGUCAAAACAAAUCAGACUUUAUUUUAAAAAAUUUUUUUUCUAAAAUGUACAAAUACUAAAAUACUUGUACAUUUUCCCUAAACUUUCUAAAAAAUGGAAAAGAAUAAUUUAAUUUGAAAUGACUUUUUUACAAAUUGUUUUGUUUUCAAAAUCAUCAUUGAGAAUUGGUGAUUUCCUGUUUUCUAUUUCCUUCAGGUGAGUAAAGAGAGAGAUGGGAAGUUAGUUGAUGGGAGGUGCCACCAGCUUACGGCUUCUUUUGUCCGCAAUCGUCACAAGAGCAAUCGGGAUGUACCAAUUUGUGAUUUUUAUGAGGUACGUUUGUAUGUUUGAUUGUUUUGUUUGAAUACAUUUUCUAUGUUGGUGCGUCACUGGUGUUCUGCAGCUUCAACAGUAUUUCUUGUCAUUAGUGCUACCGAAGCUGUCAAAUAUUUUUCUCAUGUCCCUCCUGAAGUUAAUGGGGUGAUGAUGUUUUAAUAGUCUAAUGCUUAUCAUUUAAUUUUUUUUAAUAGGAUUUUGAUGCGAAUGGCAGAAAUGUCCCUCUACCACCUGGCAUAUUUGGUUUAGUAAGUAACUAGUAUUAUUAAAUGUUUCUCAUAUUCCCAUAGCUUUUAGAUAUUUUUUAGUUAAUGACGCAUGCAUUUAAUAUAAAUAAAGAAAGUCUUUUUUUAGCCAGAGCUCAGUUUUAAUUCUUUAUCCCCACAGGAUGAAUUACGAGAAUAUGGUCGACAGCGUGGCUGGUGUCCCUAUUUCCUUGCAAGAUACGCUGUGAGUUGACCAGAUAUAUUAUUUGUACCACACUCCUAAUUUCAUUUUGUCGGUCAUUCCUUUUUUUUCCCAUCCGCAAUGCAGAAUCUUAGUUGUUGUUUAAACUAAUAUUGUUCAUCUAAAUGACUGUGUAUAAUUGUUUGCUGCAGAUGUCCCAAGCCAAUGUGAUUGUAUACAGCUACUAUUACCUUCUGGACCCCAAAAUUGCUGAUCUGGUGUCCAAAGAGUUGCCCAAACAGUCUGUGGUUGUUUUUGAUGAAGCCCAUAAUAUAGGUGAAUAUAUAUGUGUGCAAGAAAUUAGUGAAUACUUGGAUCACAAUGGCUGCCUCAUUGAUGAAUUUAGGAAAUGUAUCUGCACAUUUUUUUAUGUUUGUGGUAAGCUUUUAAUUGUCACAAAAGAAAAUAAGACAAAGUCUGGUUUAGAAAGAUUUUUUUUCUCACAAUUUCAUUAUAAUUUAGGCAGUUAGAUUUAUAAGGUAUCGAUAUUUCACGACAAUGUUUUAAAAAAAAAAAAUUUUUGUAGACAACGUCUGCGUGGAGUCUAUGAGCGUCAAGAUAACACGCAGGACUAUUGACAAAUGUAAUCAAAACAUUGAGGACCUCAGCAAGCAGAUCAAAAGGUAAAGAAUUUCAAGCAUAGCCUUAAUUUGUAAUGGAUUUUGUAGAUAUAUCGUAGUGGCUUUGGGGGAUAAAGUUUUGUGGAACUUGCACACUGACACAUGUAUUAUAAUUAUCAAAAUAAUGUAAGCUUAUCUUAUAAUGGACAUUUUUAAAUAUUUAAUGAUGAAUGGAUUUUUAUAGGGAAACCUUUUAGUAAAAAAAAAAAUUGUUGAAAUAAUUUUAUUAUCUUUUUCUUUGAAAGAAUCAAAGAGGUGGAUGAAACCAAACUUAAAAAUGAGUACCAGCGAAUGGUAGAUGGGUUACGUGAAGCUAAUGUUGCCAGGGAAACAGACUUAGUUCUGGCCAACCCAGGUAACUAUUUGAUGUGUCACUAA